AUAUAUCGUUCUCGAGUAGCCUCUUCUCUCUCUGAGCUCUUCUUCUUUAUCUUUUUCUUCUCUACUAAACUUAGAUUAAUUUUGUAAGAGUAAGGUAGCUUAGAAUAAGCAAUCAUGGAUCCUCGAAGGUAUGCGUUUGGGAGAGCUGAUGAAGCAACGCACCCUGAUUCCAUGCGUGCCACCUUGUCUGAGUUUCUAUCUACUUUGAUUUUUGUCUUUGCUGGCGAAGGCUCAGUUCUUGCUCUUGAUAAGUUGUAUCCUGAUAGAGCUUUAGGAGCAUCAAGAUUGAUUGCAAUCGCACUGGCGCAUGCAUUUUCACUCUUUGCAGCGGUAGCGUCGAGCAUGAAUGUUUCCGGUGGUCAUAUUAACCCGGCUGUCACGUUCGGUGCCCUUGUGGGUGGCAGGGUUAGCGUCCUUCGUGCUGUUUACUAUUGGAUUGCUCAGCUGCUAGGUGCUGUUGUUGCCUCUGCCUUGUUGAGACUUGCUACUGAUGGCUUGAGGCCAGUGGGAUUCGCGGUAGCAUCAGGUGUUGGUAUCGGGAAUGCACUCGUAAUGGAAAUAGUGAUGACAUUUGGGCUGGUCUACACUGUUUAUGCAACUGCCAUUGAUCCAAAGAGGGGAAGUUUAGGCAUUAUUGCACCACUUGCAAUUGCUUUCAUAGUUGGAGCUAAUGUCCUUGUAGGUGGUCCUUUCGAAGGAGCAUCCAUGAACCCAGCAAGGGCUUUUGGGCCUGCUCUUAUAGGCUGGAGAUGGAGGAACCACUGGAUCUACUGGUUAGGUCCAUUCAUCGGUGCAGCCAUAGCUGGACUUCUCUAUGAGUUUGGGCUCAUACCGGCUCAUGAGGCUCCUUUACAUACUCAUCAUCAGCCUUUGGCUCCAGAAGAUUACUAAAUAUGUUGAGCACAUUUGAGCUCUGCUAUGAGACUUGUUUUGUUUGUGAAGUCUGUUUCUAAGUCUUUUUGUUGCUUUCUUGAAUCUUCCCCCCUUCUUUAAGACUUGUUUAUGUAUGUUGCAUUUUGUACGUUUUUCUUUUACUUCACUAUUUUGUUGUUGUAGCCGCUCCCUUGCUUCUUCGAAAUGGUUAGUUAUGCGUUUUUUGCACUGA